UCGCGUAUAAUAGAAAGACACACAUUCGCUGCAUAAAUACUGACAACAGUUACCAUCUAAAACGGGAAUAAAAGUUAAUAUUAAUCGUGUUAUGCAUAUAAUAAUGAAAUAAAUACACAAUUUAUAGGGUUAUUAAUGGCAAAACCUCCAGAAAACAAAGAAACUUUAUCGUUGCUCAGAGUGAUCUGUUUCGAGUCAUCUUGUCUUUGUUGCUAUGGACGCUACGGUCCGAAGGUCUACACGUGAUUAUCUUUUCGAACAUGAGUGAGUUAAGCGCUCCACAAUGAAAGAGUGGUGGCUCCACGUCGGCUUGAUGUGCAUCCCGCUGCUGGCCGUCUACCUGCACAUCCCGCCGCCUCAGCUGUCACCUGCCCUGCUCAAGUGGCACAAUGCCGGCCGAAGCUUCACCUUCAGGGGCCGCGAGAUCUUCUACAGAGACUCCCAGGGCGUCUUGGGAAGCUCCGACGUGGUCCUCCUCCUCCACGGCUUCCCCACCUCCAGCUACGACUGGAGCAAGAUUUGGGAGCCGCUCACCCAACGGUUCAACCGGGUCAUAGCGCUGGACUUCCUGGGCUUCGGCUUCAGCGACAAGCCGCGACCGCACAGGUACUCCAUCUUCGAGCAGGCCACUGCGGUGGAGGCGCUGGUAGCGCACUUGGGUCUGUCCAAUCAGCGGAUCAACCUCCUGUCACAUGACUACGGAGACACGGUGGCGCUGGAGCUGCUCUACAGGAGUGACCAGAACCGUACGGGCCACCUGACCAUCAACAGCCUGUGUCUCUCCAAUGGAGGUUUGUUUCCCGAGGCCCACCACCCUCGCCUGCUGCAGAUGCUGCUGAAGGACUCCACGUUCCUGGCUCCCAUCCUCAUGCGGCUGAGCAACUACAUGAUCUUCCGGAAAGGGCUCGGGGAGGUUUUCGGGCCAUACACGCAGCCGACUGAUGCAGAGUUCUGGGACAUGUGGACCGGUCUGCGAUAUAAUGACGGCAACUUGGUUUUAGACAGUGUUCUCCAGUACAUCAACCAGAGGUUAAAACACAAAGAACGAUGGCUCGGCGCGCUCACGUCCACCUUCGUGCCACUGCACCUCAUCUACGGCCCGCUGGACCCGGUCAACCCCCACCCCCAGUUCGUCCGGCUUUACCAGCAGUUGGUGCGGCGGUCCACCGUCAGCGUGUUAGAAGAGCACGUCGGUCAUUACCCGCAGCUGGAAGACCCCACGGGCUUCCUCAACGCUUACUUUAACUUUAUUCACUCAUUCUGAAGUGACGAGUGAGCAAAGAGAAUGACCAUCAAAUAAAUAGUUUUGUACCAAAAAAAAAAAAAGGUUGCUGUAGUAACUGUUUAUUUCUGUUACAGAGUAGGCGUUUCAAUUUAGACAAAAA